ACAACGACCUAAAAUCUCUGUUUUUUUUUUAGAUUCCACAAAGCACAUGCCAAGAAUACAGUUCUCCGGUGGGACAGCCCAACAAGGUCUAUCAACUUGCUGGAAAAAAUAAUGCGAGCGAAGCGCAUCAAGGAGGAGACGCGCUUCAGAUUGCUGAGGUACACGCUCCGCGCCAAGUGUCGCAAGAUCAUUUAGUCGGCCCUCGUGUUAAUCUUCUCAGAAGCAGAUUUCCACUUGUUGUCGAACGAAAAUCAAUCGAUCUUGGUCGAUCAUCCGCAGUGGCUGUGAUUUGUCUUCGUGAUAACGAUUAUAUUCGAACGUCGCGAUAAAAAUAACGAAAUCGCUGCGUGUGUGCACACGUGCUGCGUGUUUCGACGUUUGUACCUAUCAAAUAAUAUACUCGUAUGUGUAGUGAUCGAGAGACCGAAAACCGAGGCUGGGGACACGGAAAAAUAUGCUCGUAAUUGUAAGCUCCGCGGCUAUCGAUCGUUCCGCGGGGAACGUCGCCCAAUAGGAGUCGUUCUUCGGUACUCGGCUUCGAGAAACACCUGGCUGUACCCGAUGCUGAAUUUUUGGUUUCGUCGAAACACCGCGAUUCGAAGAAAUUCGAUGAAAAUUUCCGUUGCAUCGAAAUAGCCAGGUUUCGUCGUCGAAUCAUAAGUACUUUGGUGCUAUUCCAACUGACGUAGAUAAAACACACUGUCGAAUAACUGAUACGAAAGAAAAAACAAAUUUGUAAUAUCGUGAAAAGGUUAUGCCGUUUAUAAAAGAAAGUACUAAAGAAGAGCACUGAAUUUUCGACUAAAUUACAUUCGUUGAAAAAUAUAAAGUAAAUUGCAAAGUUUAAUAGAGAGCCGAAUAAAAGAGACGAUCGAUGUUACGAAAGAUAGAAUAACGAAUAGCUCUGAGUUUUGAGCUGAAUGGAAUUUAGACUGAAUUAGAUCCGUCAAAGAAUAUAGUAAAAUAUGAUUCUUAUUAGAGGAUUACUGUUACAAAAGAAAAUUUUAUAUAAAAUUGUUUGAAAAUCGUAAAGGUUGAACGGGAUUGAAAAAUCCGUAGUGAAUUGACUAUUUUAAUUUGAACAAAAGAUCCGAGUAAUUUAUAUCUGCAAAUAAAAAUUCGAAGACUUUAUACUAUGGUAGCCGGAAAGGAAGUUUGCAGACGAAACUACAAAGAGAAUCGUUAAAUUCGUUAAGUCCUCCAAGUUCGAAACAAAAGAAGAAAAUUUCCCGAAUAGUUAGUUAGUGUACCUCGUAUAAAAGGACGAACGUAUAAAAGGACGUUAAAGCUUCAAACCGUGAAGAAGAAAAUCCUGAAACUGAAAGAUUCUCGUAUAAAAGGUAACAGUAAAAUUUCUUGAUCUGUUGAAAUGUCUGUAUAGAGUGAGAUCGAAAUACAGAAAGAGGAAAAUCAAAGAACGUCGAUAAUAGCGAAGAACAUGAUUUUCCAUAGUUCGAAUAUUCGAUUAAAAAAAAAAAACGAAAAGAAAAUGGUAAUACAGAAUCAGAUGUGAAAAUAUACUCAAGAAUUUUUCAAUUUAUUGCAAGAUUUUUGGAUCUGAAAAAUUAUGAGGUUAAAAUCACACAGCGGAAAAAUGUUAUCGAAAGUUUUCGACAAGUUUGGAAAACAUGUCACGCGAGAAAUAAUAAUUUGAAGAAGGCUAGAUUCGUUAAAAAAGCAGAUACUUGGAAUUUCUCCACAGAAAGAGGCAGACGUUUAGAAGACAGAGUUGAAGGAAGAUGAGAAAUUCUUCGUAGCAGAGCCGUAGGAAACCGCGAAAUCACUAGAAAGAUCUUCAGAAAAAGCACCAACGUCUGAUUGAUUCAUCGUCACUGUUGCCAAAAUACAUCGUGUUGACAAUGAAAUAAUAUCCGGAAGCACGGUAGAUCCAUGGUUCUCCGUCGCAGCAAGAAAGGCGUUCGAAACUUUCGUGAGAUGUAAGGAUAAAAACGACAGGGUAGAAAAUCUUGGAGUCGAUUUUCUAAUCCCUCCCCACUCGCCACGCGUUUUCCUUUAACGAAAAGUAUUUCGGUACGGAUAUUUACAAACUUAUAAUAAAGUAGAUGGACUUGAGGAAAGUUUUUAAGAAGCAAUACAGAGGACGCGAGACUUUUUUAAUUCGAGGAAAUAGUUUCUGCAACUUGAAAGGGCUUAGAGGAUGAGUCGGGGCACUUGAAUCGCAAGUAAUUAUUCCUGUUAAUGAUGACAUCGGGAAAAUUGCUGGUGAAAAUGAAUUUGAAUAAAGAUUCGGAAAAAUAUUCAAAAAUUACAGACUAGUAACGAAGCGUAGAAAAAGAAAUUAACGGUUGGUCCCAGUAGUUUAGGAAUUUUGCGCGAUUGCGUCAAUUAAAAAUUAUGCGAAGAAUUAUGAACACACAUACGUAUGACAUACGUAAGUAAAGGGCGAGGUACAUUACCUUUAACCAAAAUUUCAUAAAUAUAAAACCUGUCUCGUUAUCAAAAUUCUACUAAAAUCACUCGGAUCUUCUUUAUCGUAAACAAACUUUAAUACAUCGACAACAAUAUAAAGGGAUCAUAGAAUUGAUGCUGAAAGAUUGCGAAACCAACAAGAGCAUUACGAAAAAUCAUACAAGUAUCGCACAAUUGCUCUUUAUCGUGAAUCAACUUUAGUAGGCCGAAAAACCCAAAAGAGAAGGAAAAGUAGAAGGAAAUCGGCUGGAAUAAAGGGUGAAGAAGUUGGUAGUGAAAGGUGGGAGUGGAAAUGGGCGAAACACGAGAGUGGAACGAGCAGCGUCAGCGUGCCGAUACGAUUUUCUCAAUGCAGUAGAAUCGGGACACGUCGGUGACGGUGAACCGAAAUUUCCUGAGUGAACGCGAGACGGAGGACCGCCAUCCUCGACGAACGGGCAACCGUCUCUUUGCCGGCUAAAGGAUAGAAAAGGAAGGAAGAGAACGUUGAAACGACGCGACGGCGGAUACGUUUAAUGAAAUCGAAGUAAAAUCGUGUUAAAAUCGUUGAAGGCGUGGAAAAAGUCGAUGUGGAAGAGAGGCUCGGGCUGAAAUUAGCAACCGAAGGUGUGUGAUAAGCACUCAGGACUGGAACAGCCGCUGAGAUAAUUGAAGUCGCCCUGGAAGAAAAAUGUCUACUAGAGGGUGGUCACGAACAGAACUUGAAUCGAUCAAACUUUCUACUCCUUUUUUGUCUCGAAAAUUUCUCUAGAAAAUUUAUUUCGUAUAAUCGCAGACACUUUUAACACGUUAGGCUACAGGGUUAAGUCGCGGAUGAUAAUUCGUUCGUACUAGAAACUUGACGUUUCGACUUUCAAUCUUUCGACAGUUUCCGGUACUCGUGUUAAUCUCGAAUACAAAUGGUUGUUGUGCGUUUAGUGAUAAAACGAAUAAAGUUCUACAGGGUGAUUCUAAAUAAAAUAAAACAAACAGAUAGAUAUCGUAUAGACAAUUUCAAGCUGUAAAAAAUAUUGUAAGAAACACUGUACUAAAACCUUGUCGUUAGUGACAGCGGAAUAAAAGUGUGUGAUAAAAGAAUAACAAAUAUCGAUGGUUGUGCAUUAAUCCGUUGAACGUACGACUCUUUGAAAUAAAAUAAAGUAAAAGAAAGAUAGGUAUCGAAUAAAGGCAUUUAGGAAGGAAUAUUAAAUAGUAAAUGUCGAGUCUUAAAAAAUCGUACAUUUCGCAUAUUAGAUCGAUAGAUAGUUGAACUUGACUUUCGCUGGUGAAUUCUUUUCUCGAUCAAAGGUAAGAGGAUAACGCAAACCGUCGAAGCGUGUCGGUGCUUGGAAUGCUGUGAUUUAAAGGCAGUUGAAUGGUUUCUGUGUUUAAAUAAGAACGUUUAUACGGCACGGAGAGGAGCGUGGCUUGGUCGGGGGACUGUUCAGAGACGGUGAAGGGGUUCUAUUAACGGAAUUGCCCGAGUACAAGAAGUAAUUAGAUCGACCGAUUGGAGCUAACCCUGCAGGCGACGACAGGAUGAUCCGUUUAGCAAACUGCGAGUAGAAUAAAGGGAAUGCAGGCGAAAUUAGCUGGCUGACGAAUGGAAAGAGACGAAACAAUACGGGAAAUCAGUCGCUGAAGAAGAGCAAGAACGAACGAAGGAGAAGUAAGAAGAGUCGAAAGACGGCGUUUGUCGAAUUGGCUGUGAAUGGUAAAUUUCGAAGACGCUGAUAGAUUUCACUGUUCUUUCUUGGGCCGAGUUGCCGGGGAAAGAGAUUGGAAGAGAAAACGUUGGUAGAAAGCAACUUUGACGAUAGUUUCGUAAUCGAAGUAGGAAAGUGAGAAUAUAAAUAUAUGGUAAUAUUGAUAUUGGUGGAGAGAAAUGACGAGGCAAAGCAUGUAAUGAUAUUAGAGGAAUUUAUUAAUCAACUGUCGAAGAAGAGAGAUAAUUUCUACUUUUGACAAUUAUACUUUCCUAACACGGUCAUGCGUGUGCGAUUAAUCAAGUGUUGAUUAUCGAGUGAAUGCCAAGUGAAAUAAUUACAUGUCGGACAAGCGAAGGAAUCCGUGGAACUGGAAAGAAAGGAUGUAAAAAAAAGGAAAGAUGAAUUCUUGUCCAUCUUCGACCAGCUGAUUAAAAUCCAUUAUAUCCAGUUCAGAAAAUAAGAAAUUCCUCAAAAGGUUUAGGUUGUUCGAACGUGUCUGGCAGAAAUAAAGAAUUCACCGAUAAAAAUCGAAAUAUAAUAAACGAAGAAACGAAGCGUGGUGUAUUUUUCAAAAAAGUUCAAAGAAUCCGUCUUCAAGUUCGUAACAUCCAAAAACGAAUGCCGGAUUAAGACUAAGCGUUGGUGAAACCGAAAAAGGAGAAGCAUUACUACAAAUUUUCCGUAACGUUUAAACAAUUGAGAGAAUCGAAAAAAGAGACGUAACUGAAUUUGCCGCUCUGUCGUUUCAGCUUGCAAUAACGCUUCGCGACACGCAAAAGCCUCGUAAACGUUGGUGAAAUCGAACAGAAAAAAGCAAAAGUUAAAAGAGGCGAAGGAAGCGAAAGGGAACGCGAAGACCGAUAUCGGUUGAAAACGACCGAUGAUCAACCGUUGAUCGUUCGAUCGUUAAUCGGUUCGCGUCGUUAUGGAGGUGCAAGCGAUCGCGCGACGUUUUUCCAGUAGAGUCGAUCGAGGGUCUGGAUUCGGGGGUUUGUUCAGCCGAAAGUGGUGCUCGGUAGUUGGAGACGCGGCGCGACAGCUUGCUAACUAAAAUGCGAGAGCUGAACGCGACCGCAUGUGCUGCCCUGUACGAGCGCGUCGAGUGGUCCGGCCCGUGGAUUCUGGUUACUCUGAUCGUGCUCGCGAUCGUCAACGUGAUGGUGGUCCUGGGUAACGUGCUAGUGAUACUGGCUGUUUAUCAUACCAGCAAACUGCGAAACGUCACGAAUAUGUUCAUCGUGAGCCUCGCGGUGGCGGAUCUCAUGGUCGGUUUGGCUGUGCUUCCGUUCAGCGCCACAUGGGAAGUUUUUAAGGUGUGGAUAUUCGGUGAUCUAUGGUGCUCGAUCUGGCUGGCGGUGGACGUAUGGAUGUGCACGGCAUCGAUAUUGAAUUUGUGCGCCAUCAGUCUGGAUAGAUACUUAGCAGUGACCAGGCCAGUGAGUUAUCCUCAGAUCAUGUCACCAAGAAGGGCAAGGCUGCUAGUGGCAACCGUGUGGAUCUUGAGCUUCGUUAUCUGUUUCCCACCCCUGGUUGGCUGGAAAGACAAACGGUCUCACCCCACGUACAACGCGACGUUCGCUCAGAACGGACCGUUCAACACCACCACUAUACUCAUCCCCGUGAAACCGUGUCCCUGGAUCUGUGAACUGACAAACGACGCAGGCUACGUCGUUUACAGCGCGCUCGGCUCUUUCUAUAUACCAAUGCUGGUCAUGCUGUUUUUCUACUGGAGGAUCUACAACGCAGCCGUCUCCACUACGAAAGCCAUUAAUCAAGGCUUUCGUACGACAAAGGGCUCGAAAAUGCUUGGCUCUAGAUUCGACGAGCAAAGGUUGACCUUGAGGAUUCACCGUGGUCGAGGUAGUGUCCACAACGGGAGCAACAACGGGAGCCCGAGGAGUCCAGAGUCGAAUAGCCGUAGCUCGGUGAAAAAGGAAAAGAUAAAGAUCUCGGUGUCGUAUCCGAGCACGGAGACGUUGAAUACAAAGUGUAACACCCUCGAGAGGACGCCCUCGAGGUGUUCUCAGACCUCCGUGCACUAUAGUAACGGGCAAACGCACAGUCAACUGUGUCCCUCCCCCAGGAACACGCAUCUCAAGGUGAGCGGUAUCAACAGGGUUGGCAGCGCCAGGAGACCCAGCAGGCGGAGUAGCUGCGAGAGUCAAACGGGGGAUGAGAUGUCGUUGCGAGAGCUCAGCCAGGGUCCCGAGGAGAAGCCCAGGGCGAUGAAGAUGGGGAAGAGGAAUAUCAAAGCUCAGGUGAAAAGAUUCCGAAUGGAAACGAAGGCAGCCAAGACACUGGGCAUCAUCGUCGGCGGAUUCAUCCUCUGUUGGCUUCCCUUCUUCACGAUGUAUCUGGUGCGCGCCUUCUGUCCCAAUUGUAUUCAUCCCACGGUGUUUAGCGUGUUAUUUUGGCUGGGCUACUGCAAUUCAGCGAUAAAUCCGUGUAUCUACGCGCUUUUUAGCAAAGACUUCCGGUUCGCGUUCAAGAGAAUUAUUUGCAAAUGCUUCUGCAAGCGGCGGGCGAAUACUUUGAGACGUGGCAGCGAUGGCAGCCAAUUAGCCACGAGAAACGACCGGAGUCCCAGUUACUCGAUGCAGGUGCCUCAACAAGGUGUAUCCAUCGACGAUUCGGACCAAGAUCCCAGCUCGGAACCGACGGUGCACUCGCACAGCGAAUCAAGAUGACUGUAGCGUGCCAGGUGUGGCGCUCAGCGCGUCACCUUCGACCCGACGACCUCGAAAGUAAGGAUCCAGUCGUUCUAAAUUCGAAAGAAUCUCAACGAUCCUCGACGACCAUCCGAAUCAUCCGCACAACGAUCCGUGCCGCGGAAUCGAGCACGUUCGAUCGUUUACCCAGAAACCAGUGUGUUCGCGAGUAAUAUAUAUACUAGUAGUCGCGACAAACGGUCGAGCUUCUUCGGUGUCUUACUUCGUUCCGUCAGCGAAUGAAAUACGAAGAGACGUUUCUUAGGAGAUAAAAAUUCGCUCAAGCUAGUCGUAAAUCGAGACUGAAAACGAUAAAAUUAACAAAGAAAGAACAAAUGGACCGACGAAGGAUUCGCUGCCUAGAGAUGGCAAACUGUUCAUUGUAUUUGUUGGAAUAGUUAAAUAGGAAUUAUGGCGAAAGUUGGAGCGCGAAGAAGAGGAAGAACGACGAGCGCGAGGGAAGCAACGACGGAGAAUCCAGUGUACCAUAAACGGAUAUUAAAAACGCAAGUUUCGUUAUCUUUCAAAGUCAACAGCGUCUGUUGGCUAUCGAAGCUGCCUUUGACUAUCGAGGCUCUCGGCUAACCGUCGCGUCAUCGUUGUCACCGUAUUAUUUCCGUAGAUUUUUCACCGUUUCUCGUUGGUUAUACGCAAUGAUGGCGUUUAACGAUCGCCUUCGCUGAACACGCGACAUUCUGUGCGUUGUACAGCUUCCUUCAAACAUUAUCGAUCGUUAACUAGAUCAUUUUUCAGUCUGUGAAACAAGAUGGUGAACGGAUUUGAAAGAAUUUUGUUUGGACAUCCUGUAGCGAGCGUGAUCGAGAUACGCACGUAUGCGCUGUAAAACAUAAAGUAUGUAAGUGUAAGUGUUGUUUCAAAAAAACGAAGGUAACUCGCUUUGGAAUAUUUUGUAUGGACAGUUUCGAUUCUUUCUCGAACGUAUUACGAUCGUUCGAGAGGGGACAGAGGAACG